AUGCUGGUGGUUCUACUCACAGCAGCCUUGUUGGCCCUGAGCUCAGUUCAGAGAGCAAAUGCAGAGAUCAUCUAUGAAGACUCUUCUUCACAGCUCUUAGAGGAAGAGCAAAAGAGCCAGGGCAAUAGUGAACAGCCUCAGAAUGAUGAGGAAGGUGAUGAAGCUGGAGAUGAUGAGGAUGACAGUGGAGAAGAAAAACCACCAGAGAAACCACCACAUCAUCCUCGCCCUCCUAAACCUGGAAAACCCCAUGGCCCACCCCAAGAGGGAGGCCAGCAUCCUCCUCCCCCACCUCCUAAACCUGGAAAACCACAUGGCCCACCCCAGGAGGGAGGCCAGCAUCCUCCUCCCCCUCCUAAACCUGAAAAACCAGAAGGCCCACCUGAGGAGGGUGAGGGCAGUGAUGAGGAUGGUGGGAACGGUGAUGCAGAGGCAAAGAUCAUCUAUGAAGACUCUACUACUGAGAUCUUAGAGGAAGAGCAAAAGAGCCAGGGCAAUAGUGAACAGCCUCAGAAUGCUGAGGAAGGUGAUGAAGCUGGAGAUGAUGAGGAUGACAGUGGAGAAGAAAAACCACCAGAGAAACCACCACAUCAUCCUCGCCCUCCUAAACCUGGAAAACCACAUGGCCCACCCCAGGAGGGAGAUGAGAAGAAACCCCGCCCUCCUAAACCUGAAAAACCAGAAGAAGGCCCACCCCAGGAGGGAGAUGAGGUGAAACCCCGCCCUCCUAAACCUGAAAAACCAGAAGGCCCACCUGCGGAGGAUGGUGAAGAAGAGAAAAUGAACAUUGAGAAAGAGCUUGCAGUAAUGUUUUUAGAAAAGAUUAACAGCAAACAUCCUCAAAUCAAGAGACUUCAGUUUGAAAAAAGAACUGAACGGAUUCUCACUCACACUCUACAGGAGAAUGAAUGCAUAGAACUAAGGAAUCUGAAGACAACUUAG